UGUGGAUUGCUUGACUUUAUCAUCACAUAACCUCGUUUAUUGUAACUUUUUUUUUUAACGUAACGAAAAAUAAGCGUUGAAAUUCUGAUGAGGAUAAAUUAAAGAACAAAUAUGUCAGACUCAGAAAGUAGUAAUUUUUCUGAAAACGAAAGUGACCGUGGAGCACCAGCAAGUGAUAGUGAACAGGAAGACAAUCGUUCUGGAAAAUCUGGAAGAGGUAGCGUAAGGUCUGGAUCUGCGGUUUCACGAAGUAGAAGUCGAUCACGGUCUAUAAGUCGUUCUCGUUCACGAUCUCGAUCAGGAUCGGGAUCAGAUAAGGAUGAUGAAGCUGAAGAGGCAAGAUCGGGAGAUGAAGAAAAUGUAUUGGCUGAAGAAGAGCCUGAAGGAGAAGACCUUGAUGAUAGUGAACGUGAUGAAGAAGAAGACGAGGAUGAUGAAGAUGAUAGACCAAGAAAAAAGAAAAAGAAAGAAAGAUUUUGUGGAUUUAUCGAUGACGAAGCCGAGGUAGAUGACGAUGUUGAAGAUGAUGAAGAGUGGGAAGAUGGAGCUCAAGAGAUUGGAAUCGUGGGUAAUGAAGUUGAUGAACUUGGACCAACAGCUCGUGAAAUUGAAGGUCGAAGACGAGGAACCAAUCUAUGGGAUUCUCAGAAAGAAGACGAAAUCGAAGAGUAUCUUCGUAAAAAAUAUGCUGACGAGUCGAUGGCCAUUCGACACUUUGGAGACGGUGGAGAAGAAAUGAGUGAUGAAAUUACUCAGCAAACUCUUCUUCCAGGUGUAAAAGAUCCAAAUUUAUGGAUGGUAAAAUGCCGAAUUGGGGAAGAAAAAGCCACACUAUUACUUUUAAUGCGUAAAUUUUUGACUUAUCAAUGUUCUGAAGAACCAUUACAAAUAAAAUCUGUAGUAGCUCCUGAAGGUGUUAAAGGAUAUAUUUAUAUUGAAGCUUAUAAGCAACCUCAUGUGAAAGCUGCAAUAGAAAAUGUCGGAAAUUUAAGAAUGGGUAUUUGGAAACAACAAAUGGUACCGAUCAAAGAAAUGACUGAUGUUUUACGAGUGGUCAAAGAGCAAACUGGUUUAAAAGCCAAACAAUGGGUUAGACUAAAACGAGGAAUUUAUAAGGACGACAUUGCACAAGUUGAUUAUGUUGAUUUAGCUCAAAACCAAGUAUAUUUGAAGUUACUUCCAAGAAUUGAUUAUACCAGACCUCGAGGUGCUUUACGAACGGCUCAGAGUGAGUCCGAAGCCUUAAAAAGGAAAAAGAAAAGACGUCCUCCUGCAAAACCUUUUGAUCCUGAGGCAAUCCGUGCCAUUGGUGGAGAAGUAACAAGUGAUGGAGAUUUUUUAAUUUUUGAAGGAAACAGAUACAGUCGGAAAGGAUUUUUAUACAAAAACUUCACUACAAGUGCAAUUAUUGCCGAAGGGGUGAAACCUACUUUAUCAGAAUUAGAGCGUUUUGAAGAAGCACCUGAAGGAAUUGAUAUUGAAUUAAGUGGAACACCUUUAACUGGAGGAACUACUGGAAAAGAUGAUCUUGCUAUGACUCAUUCUUUCAGUAAUGGAGACAAUGUGGAAGUUUGUGAAGGAGAAUUGAUGAAUCUUCAAGGAAAAAUUGUUUCCAUCGAUGGAAAUAUGAUCAUGGUAAUGCCAAAGCAUGAAGAAUUAAAAGAAGCUCUCGAAUUUCAAGCUCAUGAAUUAAGAAAAUAUUUUACUAUGGGAGACCACGUUAAAGUUGUCGCUGGAAGGUAUGAAGGAGAUACUGGACUUAUUGUUAGAGUUGAACAAAAUAGGGUAGUCCUUUUUUCUGAUCUUUCAAUGCAUGAACUUGAAGUUCUCCCAAGAGAUUUACAACUUUGUUCAGAUAUGGCUACUGGAGUGGACAGCCUUGGUCAAUUUCAAUGGGGUGAUUUAGUCCAAUUAGAUGCUCAAACAGUUGGUGUAAUUGUUCGACUAGAACGAGAAAAUUUCCAUGUCCUUUCAAUGCAUGGAAAAGUUGUUGAAGCAAGACCACAAGGAUUAACAAAACGUCGAGAGAAUAGAAAUACUGUUGCUUUGGAUCAUCAGCAAAAUACAAUUCAAAAAAAAGAUAUUGUAAAGGUAGUUGAUGGACCUCAUGCUGGACGAGGAGGAGAAAUAAAACAUCUAUAUCGAAGUUUUGCUUUUCUUCAUUCACGGAUGUACGUGGACAAUGGUGGAAUUUUUGUGUGUAAAACCAGACAUUUACAACUUGCUGGAGGAAACAAAGCUGGACUAACAACUAUGUCACCGACAUCUGGUUUUAUGUCACCGCGAAUUGCUUCUCCAAUGCAUCCCAGUGGUGGAGGUUUUGGAAGAGGAGGCGGUGGUGGCAGGGGAAGAGGAAGAGGUGGAGGCGCUCGUCGUGAUCGAGAACUCAUUGGUACAACUAUAAAAAUCACUGGAGGUCCUUAUAAAGGAAAUGUUGGAAUUGUUAAAGAUGCAACUGAGACUACAGCUCGUGUUGAACUUCAUUCAACUUGUCAAACUAUUUCUGUUGAUCGAUCACACAUUGCCAAUGUUGGAGUACCCACAAAAGAUGGUGGAUUCAGUUCUUAUAGUCGAACUCCUGCUUAUGGAGCUGGUGGACAAACUCCAAUGUAUGCCAGAGAUGGAUCAAAAACACCAAUGCAUGGUUCUCAGACUCCUAUGUAUGAAAAUGGAUCUCGUACUCCGCAUUAUGGUUCAAUGACACCAUCUCACGAAGGUUCAAGAACUCCUGGACAAUCUGGUGCUUGGGAUCCAACGGUUACAAAUACACCUGCAAGAAAUAACGAUUUCGAUAGUUAUAGCAUGGAAGAUGGAGGAUCUCCAGGAUAUGCACCUGGAUAUCCAUCAACUGGAGGUCCAUUUACUCCUCAAACUCCUGGAACCAUGUAUGGAUCUGAACAAAGUUAUAGUCCUUAUCAGCCAAGUCCUAGCCCAGCUGCAAGUGCUACUGCUAGUCCAAGUCCUGCCGGAUAUGUGGCUACUCCUUCUCCAUCAGGAACUGGUUAUACUACCAGUCCUCAUGGUGCUUUUGCUACACCUUCACCAAUGGGUUAUAGUCCUAUGGCGUCUGGUAUAGCUGGAAGCCCCUAUAAUCCACAAACUCCCGGAGCUGGAUUAGAUGCUAGUGUUGGAUCGGGAAUAAUAGGUAAUACCGAAUGGCAUACCGAUGAAAUCGAAGUUCGUAUUAAGGAUUCUCAUAGUGACCCAGCUUUAGUUGGACAGCAAGGAAUAAUAAGAGGAAUUUCGGGUGGAAUGUGCGUUGUCUAUCUUACAGCUGAAGACCGUGUCGUGAACUUACUUUGUGAUCAAUUAGAACCAGUUUUACCUACUCAUGGCGAUCGUGUAAAAGUAAUCAUAGGUGAAGAUCGUGAAGCUGUAGGUACUUUGUUAUCAAUUGAUAAUCAAGAAGGCGUUGUUAAAUUGACUACUGGAGAACUUAAAAUGUUGCAUCUUCGGUUCCUUUGCAAGAUGAAAGCUUAAUUUAAUUUUCAUUUAAAAAUUACAUAUAUAGUAAAUAAUCAUAGUUCUGUAUGUCAUUUACACGAAAAAAUAUGUAAAAUAAUGUCGUGUAAUUUAUUACUUCUUUUAUUUUUAUCAGGUUCAUUAUUUUAUUCGACAUUUAUAGUUAUAGAUUACACUAUUCACCAAGUAAAAUUUAAAAAUGUCAUACUUAUAAAAAAAAUUAUUCAUUAAAUUUCUAAUAAAUCAAUAUAUGGAUUAUACUCAAAUAAAUAGAUUAAUUUUUUACUAAAUGAUGAAUCGUUUCUUUGACAUAAAAUAAUUUAAAAUUGGUGUCUUAUUUGGAAUUAUUAUGGCUGACAAUAUUACGUGGCAUGUAUAGGAGUGUAUAUACACGUAUAUAUGUAUGUAUACAAAAUGGCCCUUCUACGGAAAAGGACAAUUUUACUGUGCAGAUAAAUUUGGUUUAUUUUUCCUCUAAAAACUAUGUUUAUAAUUUUUUUAACGAUGAAAAAUUACUGAUAAAAAAUCACCAAUUUGAUGAGCAGUUUCAGAGAAAUGGGAUAUAUUUG